AUGGAGGAGGAAGGGGAGCCCAAGGGAAAAGAUGGAAAAGGUCAGAAUGAACAACCAGAAGGAGGAAAGAGGGCAUCAGCUUCAGAGGGACAGAAGAAAGAAGCAAAGGAGGAACCUGAUGAACCUACUGAGGGAGAGGAAGGAGAAAAACCAGAAGAAGAGGGUGAGGGGAGUUCUGGCAGUGAGCAAAACGAGGAAGAAGAAGAAUCAGCUGAACCUGAAAAGCCUCCAGAACCUGUGAAAAAGAAGAAAAAAGUACCAGUAGAGAAGAAAAUAUCUGAAAGCUUCUACUAUAACUAUGAAGAGUUAUGCUCAUUCCCAUAUGUGACUCCAGAUUCUGGCAUACCACUUAACCUCCUUUCUCUCAUGCAUUCUUUUGGUUAUGAUUGCACUAAACGGUCAAACAUCCAGAUGCUAGAUAGUCAGACUCUCCUCUAUAUCGCUGGCAACCAACUAGUACUUCUGGAUUUGAAACUUAAAUACCAGAGAUACCUUCGGAGCACAAGUGGUGGAGGGAUUGGCAUCAUCACGGUACACCCUAAUAAAACACACUUUGCAGUAGGAGAAAAAGGAUGGAAACCAAAUAUGAUUAUUUAUGAGUAUCCUUCCUUAAGGCCAUACAGGAUAUUACGAGGUGGAACAGAUAAUGCAUAUGCAUUUGCUGACUUUAAUCGUUCGGGUACCUUGAUAGCCACUGUUGGGAGCAGCCCUGACUAUAUGUUGACAGUUUGGGAUUGGAAACAGGAAAAUAUUGUAUUGAGAUCAAAGGCAUUUUCACAAGAUGUUUACAGAGUCACCUUUUCUCCAGAAAAUGAAGAGCAACUCACCACAUCAGGUUCAGGUCACAUAAAGUUUUGGAAAAUGGCCCUCACUUUCACUGGUUUGAAACUACAAGGAGCAUUGGGUAGGUUUGGAAAAACAGCACUGACAGACAUUGAAGGUUAUGUGGAGCUGCCAGAUGGAAAGGUACUUUCAGGGUCAGAAUGGGGCAAUUUGUUACUCUGGGAAGGAGGCCUUAUAAAAGUGGAACUCUGUAGACCUGGCCAUAAAAAUUGUCACAAUGGCCCAGUGAAUCAGUUAGUUCUGGAUGAAGGAGAGGUGGUAACAGUUGGAUCAGACGGAUAUAUCAGAGUUUGGGAUUUUGAAACAAUAGACACAGCUGAUAUUGUGGAUGACACUGGACUGAUGGAAAUGGAACAAAUGAAUGAACUUUUAGUUGGCAAGAAUGUCAGUCUGAGCUGUAUGGUGAAAAUCCAUGAACGUGGAGAACCAUAUUGGUAUGCUCAGGAUUACAAUGGAGCCAUAUGGAAGCUUGAUCUGAGUUUUGCAAAUGUUACCCAUGAUCCAGAAUGCCUCUUUACUUUUCAUUCUGGAAAGAUAGAAGCUUUAUGUGUCUCUCCAGUCACAUACCUCAUGGCCACCACCGCUCUUGACCGUAAGUGUACAGUGCGUGUCUAUGAUUUCAUUGGAAAUGUGCAGUUGGCUGAGAUGAAGUUAAAACAGGGAGGAACAGCACUGACCUGGGCACCAAAAGUGGUGAAUCCUAAAGGAGGUGUAAUUGCUGCAGGUUUUCAAGAUGGCGUGGUUCGCAUUAUUGAACUUUAUAAUCCAAAGGGUCUCCCUGUUGUUGCUGGACGGGAGACAGUAGCGGAUGCAGCCUUGCGUCUGAAACAAGCUUUCAAGCCUCAUACCAAUGUAGUUACAGCAUUGGCCUACGAGCGUGAUGGGGAGAUGCUUGCCACAGGGAGUAGAGAUAAAACUGUUUUCUUCUUUACCAUUGAUGACAAAUAUGAACCAGUUGGGUUCAUUAGUGUUCCAGGACCUGUGCAGGCAUUGCAGUGGUCUCCUCCUUCUCAUCCACAGAGCACACUACUUAUUUUCUGUGAGAAUGGCAUUGUUGUCCAGGUUCCGGCUCCAAAUCCCGGGGAUUAUGAAGCAACAUCUACUUAUAAAAUCAAAGACCUUCCUGCUGAAUACUUUCGUUUCUGGAGCAUAAAAUCUCACAUUUUGAGAGAACAGGAAAUUAAACGAAGAGAAGAAGUGAAAAUAGAAAAGGAGAAGGCAAAGCAGAAGUUCAUAAAAGAGCAAAUGGAUCAAGGCAAAGAGCUAGAAGAAAUUGAAUUUCCAGAAGAACAACUUCAGGAAGAGGAACCGCUGCCAGACAUCUAUAUCCCACAGACUCCAAGUCCCAUCCUCUGUGGGUUUUAUUCUGCACCAGGGAAAUUUUGGCUAUCUUUGGGCGAAUAUGACACUGGAUUCUUGUACCACUGUGCAUUUUCUCCUAUACAGCACCAAAAAGAUCCUGAGGCUAGGCAAGAUGAGCCCUUUGAUGUUAUUCCUAUAGAAGAUGCAGAUGACAAUCCCAUUAGACAGAUCUGGUUUUGCUCCAGUGGUUUACUGAUGUUCUGUGGGAUGGAGAAUGGAGCAGUGAGGAUUUAUCCUCUUCACCACAGUGAAUUUUCAAUGGACAAUAUAGCUGGAUAUUGGUCAUUCAGCCUACAUGAUAAUGACUAUGGGAAAAUUCAAGGGAUCUGUACAAGUUUUGAUGAUCGGUUUCUGGUGACCUGUGGAGCUGAUGGCAACAUCUUUACUUAUAACAUCCUUUCUGCUGAGGAGGUUAAAAAAGUGCUCAAGACUAAGGUCCCUUCUCCAAGGGGAGGCCUUGAUAAAGAGAGAGCAGCAAAAGAUAUUGAGGAUCCUAAUGCCUAUAGUAUUGAGAAUGCCAAACAAAAAAAGGAAUAUGAUGAGAUAAUGAGAGCAGCAGAACUUAAGAAGUACAUGAAGAGACAAGAACUGAUCACUCUACAGCAAGAGUUUCAGAAUCUGCUCCAAAUGAACAGUGAUCUGCCCAAACACAUGCAGCUUAACAGGGCACAAUUUGAGUUAGACUACAGAAUUCGUGCAGGAAUGGACAGAAAAACAGCAAACAAGAUCCGUUUUGUGAUGAAGGAAUUGGCAUGGGAACAGGAAAAACAUCGCAUUGGGCUGAAAAAAGUACAGGAACGUUUCCGGGGCAAUUUGGAGUACGAUACAAUUGUGGUCUGUGCUAUGAAGAGCAACCACCGAAUUUCCACAUACAGACUGUUGGCAAUCUCAGAAAGCCUCUACAAACUCAAGAGGCAAAGUCAAGCAGGACAAAGAAGAACGAGCAAAUAUGAAAGGAAAGGAAAAGAAGGAGAGCUAAAAAGAGAGAGCCAAAGAGAUCUCAAAACCAUAUUUUCAUCACAGACUAGUGCCAUUAGUGAAGAAGAAACAGAUACAGAGAGAGUGUGGAAAAAGUCCCACUCAAACACACCAGCAAACCGUCUUGUUGAAAAUCGAAUGGAAAAACUUAGAAAAAUUAUUGAAAAAGCAGACAAAGCCAAAGCUAAGAUUCAGCAAAGAAAGAAUGAAUGGGAUGAAUUAUUCAAGAGCAAACCAAGUGAUAACUAUGAGGACCCCCAGGAUGUAGAGAAUAUAAAACACGCCCAAGAGAACAUGGGGGACUACAAAUUGAAAACUGCUACUAACUACAAAAUUCCUGAACACAUGAGAAUAAAUGCUGACAAGAAAAUGAAUCAACUGGUAUCUCUAGAAAUGGCUAUCCAUGAGAAGAAAUUAACUAUGAACAAAUGGAUAGUGUCCCUCCGAGACCUCAAAGUGGCUAUUAUUGAAGAGAUCCAGUGUGUGGUGCAAGAACUCAGAACUAUACAGUCAUCCCUGCAUCCUUCCAAACAGGUCCCUGUUCCUCCAAUUCCCCAACUUCUCCCUGAGGAGACGCCAGAAAAAUAUUUCCAGUAUGACUGUGAAGUACUUUUGAAGUUCAAGCAGGAACUAGAAGACCGGGUUAAGUUGAAAGAGACCGUGUCAGGGAUUCCUUCAGCAGAGGCUGGAAACUUAGGGGGAUUUGGAGGAGGGUUUCUUCAUACUGCUUCAGUAAAGGAGCUAGAUAUCACACGGGCCAUCAGUUUGAAAUCCAUGAAAAUGUCAUCUGGAGUUGCAGCAUCAACCCCCAAAUCAUUUGAGAUUGACCGAGGAGAGACAACAGAACUGGAGCUAGAAAUCAAAAGGCGGGAGGAGAUCAGGAGCAUUUACAUGCAGGGGACCUUGAUCAAGAGGAUUGAUGAACUAAUGAUUACCUUUGAUGCGGAGCUUCACCUUUUACGUCACCAAAAACUGAAGCUGGACAUACUAAUGAAAACAGCUGACCUGCGCCACAUCACUUGGUUUGAAGAACUGCUUCUCCUCAAGAACUUCGAAAAACACGAGAACAUUCUCCAGGAACGUGUCAACAGCCUUGCCAGUGAGGAGGAGGAAAUGCAACUCAGAUUAAAUAGCUAUCUUGCACAAAUAGAGGAUAAGAAAGCAGAAAUUGCAAAGCUCCAGGAACGAGAGAAGAAUCUCUAUGCUACUUUCCAAGCAUCAUUGGGAGAAAAUAACAAAUUUGCUACAUUCCUCACUAAAGUCCUUAAGAAGAGGAUCAAGCGUGUUAAGAAGAAAGAGGUGGAACAGGAAGGAGAUGAUGAAGAAGACAGUGAGGAAGAGAGUGAUGAGGAGUCCAGUUUGGAGAGUGAUGAGGAAGAGUCAGGAUCUGAGGAUGAAGUCUUCGAUGACAGUGUGUGUCCAAAAAACUGUGAUGAGUCACUGUUUGAAAGCACACUCCAGCUCCGAGAGAAACGACUGGACAUCGAAGAGGCUUUAGUUGAGGAGAAAAAGGCUAUUGAAAAUAUCAAGAAAGAGUAUGAAGCUUUGGCCAAGAAGAUAAAAGUAGUAGCAGCAAACCUAGACACAGCGGAUUGGGAACUAGAGGCUUAUCAACGGGAGAAGCAGCAGAGACUGAAUGAGCUGCAUGUAGUGGUGCCUCUCAAACUUCAUCAGGUGGAAUAUAUAUCCAAUGGAGAAAUCCCUCCAGACCUCUCCCAGGCUUUGGUUUUUACCAAUCAGUCUUUGGUGAACUUGCAGGACAGGAUCAUGGCCCUGCAGCAAGAAAAGCAAGAACAGAGGGAACUCUAUAAGGCAGCCAGGGAGCAACAUAAACAGCUCAUUCGAGACAGAAGGGAGAUGGUGAUUAAGAUUGACCGACUGGAAGAGAAGUGCAAUGAGUUGAUGAUGAUGAAAUUUGGUCGGAUAGUGGACUUGGAAGCCCUGCAAACUCUUUCUGUUAACACAAACCUGGAGGAACUCAAGAUGAAAAUGAUGGAAAAAGAGCAAGCUCAUGCUAUGGAAAUAAAAGCAUGGGAGGAUAAAAUCCUUAAGAUGCGUCAACAGCUAAUGGCAGUAACAAAAGAGAAUACUAGUAAACUGAAGAAAAUGAAUGAAUUCUGUGUAGAGAAGAUGAAACUUGAAACUAAAUUGGAUGCACUGCAGAAUAACCUGGGGGCAGAAUUCCAAGGACCUAGCAGAGCAGACCUUGAGGAGAAGGAGAAACUGAUUGCAUUAGUUCAGCUGCAAGCCCAAGAAGCAGAAGUCCUUAAGGAAGAAAUUACUCUCCUAAGCAGAAAAGAUGGUCGUAUUUUCCCACCACCUCAGGCUGUAUUCCAGCCAGAUGGAAUGUUGGAUUAAACACCAUUAAUGUAUUUCCCUAGAACUCCUUUUGUAUGUAAAGUAAUCUCAUUGUGUGGGAAAAAUGAACAGAGUAGCCCUUGAAGUUUUUAGCUUCCAUUGUUCAAUUGACAGCAGCUCUGAGUAUUUAAUAAAGUAUAUGUAACAGGUGGGAUUUUCCUUACAUGGAAGUUCAGUAACUGGGGAAACUUAGAUCUCUUGAAUUUCUGCCUUUCAUAUACCUGUUAAAGAGACAAAGCCACGGUUACUAAAGAGAGGAUGGCAGUCCCCACAUAUUUCAUAUUCACUUGGCUCCAUCUAUCUACUUGGCUACUUGUAGGAAUCUUUGGUUACAUCUCCAAAGAGAUGUUUUACAUCCUCAAAUAUGCAGGUGGAAACAUAUGGAAUAUAUACACUGGCCAUUUUGUACAGACAGGGAGACUUGUCUUCCCAGCACUGCUAUAAAUGUGUCUCUGCAUUAUAGUACUAUAAAAUACUAAUAUGCAACAUGUGGCCAUGAGUAUCCUUGGAUUGAAUUAAGUAGUUGCAAAUCCCCACAAUACCAAUAAACAAUUUUUCAUGCAAGACCC